AUGGAGUGCUCGUAUACGGAUCCCUUGACUUUUGGAAAGGAAAUUUCUCUUCAAGUAACACCAAAGAAUCCUCCACAAUCUCUCCCUACUAUUUCUAUUCUGGAACCAAAUCCAAGCGGACCAGAUGUUUGUCUGGCCGAGGCAUUUUCGCCAAAAGAGGGGGGGGACAUGGCAGUAAACGAACAGAAAAAGGAUUUGUCAAAAGCGGUCCUGUCCAUAAAGACCAAAACCUACUACUUUGCUGCCUUUGAGACUGGCAUAACGAAAUGCCGUUUCGGAGAGAAAGAUGUAACAAAAAAUACAAAAAAUGAUCCCAAACCAACUGCCCCAGCUGCCAAACAAACUGAGUCUCCUCUCAACUGUCCUGACAAUAUCACCAGUAGCAACCAGAUGGCGGUGGCUCCAGCUCCAGAUCCGAAGAUAAAUUUUAUGUCAGUGUUGGUUACUGGUCUGAGGAUUGUGUUUGCCAAAGCGGUGGCAAUUAACGUGAUAAUGACCGUCAAAGUGCUGGUGAUGUGAUGGGAAGGUAAAACACUUGCAUCAUGAAACCACUUAUCUGCCAUGAAUUAGUGUUUUAUCAUAUGCUCUUGGCCAAAAAUGAAAUUGCAGAAAUAUCACAUUAUCAUUUGGAAUUUAUUAAUGGACAUUAUUCAUUGUUGAUUGAAUUAAUAUUUUUUGUUUGUUUUUUGGUAUGGUAAGCAAUAACAUUCUUAAAAAAUCAUCUGUGUUUUGUAUAAAAAAGGCCUGUGAAUGGUAUUUCAAUGAACAAAUUCAUUGAAAACAUGUAUGAUAGAUGUAUGUGUCCGAACCACUGACAUAAUCCUUUUGUGGAUGUUCUUGUGUUCUUUAGUCUUUAGCAGUGCCAUGACUGUCAAUACGAUUGAUACCAUCAAUAUGAUUCUCCCUCCGGGCUGAUUUGCAACCUUUCAUUUGCUGUAAAUCAUGUUGGAUGAUCUGUUGGAUGGAUGUUUAUUUCCUAGAUUUCACAGUAUUCAUCUAUCAUAGUAUAACUUUUUAAAUCAUGAGUGUUUGAGGUAAAUGCCAUUAUUUUUACAUUUGACUGUAUUUAGUGCUUGACAAAGCUUUUGAUUUAUAUAACAUAUUUAGUUCAUGACUUUAAGUGAAUAUAGGCCUAUUCAUUGUUGAUCUUUCAUAUGGAUUUAUACUAGCAAUAAUAAUAAAGACCAAUAUGUUUUUUAUUCA